AGAAUAUAAUAUAAUAUAGCAGGCAUUGACCUUUUAAAUUUUGAACUUCGAAGUUUGUUGGUCAAGUCCGUUUCCGUCCCGUUCACGUUUGGUUUGGUUGGUUCAUGGUCUGUCGUGUUUGCUGUUUAGAGCUUUGGUGAAGUUUUCAGUUGUUGUCCUUUGGUUAAUUUUAAUUAUAAUAUAUCUUUCCAAAACAGAAAUAAUGCCAAUAGUGCAAUAUUCAGUUAUUUUAGGCUUUAAAUUGAUAAUUCAAUACUUUGAAACUGAAACUAAUAAUUUAAGUUAGGUACCGUACUGUUUUGUGAGGUUUGAUAAAAUACUAGUAGUUUAAAAUGAAUCGUCAAGAAGUUUACAAAUUCAAUCCAAAAGUUCAAGAUUAUAAAGACGUUAGACGGGAAGAUCUAGUUGAACGACGCAAAAGUAAACGCCAAGAUUUCUUGGACCAGAGAAGAGACUAUACUGAAGAAACUAAAGAAAACCAAGGAGAUUCGCAAGCUGGCAUCCCUAAAGGGAAACAAACCAGAAGUGUUCUUCUUCAGAAGUGGAAAGAAGAACACCGGAAAAAUGUGGAGAAAAAAGUGAAAAAACCUUUCGUGGUAGGAGUGGUCAGACACAAUGCUGCAUCGCCAAUGUUCCUCCCUCUACCCCCUCUCAGGGAGGUGAGGCGAACGUCAAAAGCUCAAGUGAUCAGGCCUCAAGACACCCCCACCCCCGCCACCACCCAUCACCAAAAUGCGGCGGUGUAUUGCUUCGGACGACAGAAGCCCACUGAACAUAAGUUUGAAGUGUCCAAUAGUGUGAAAAAACUGACUGUUCCUGUCGCCCCUGCCUGUAUGAAUCCGUCGAGGAGAGGGAAAUUGACUUCUAAACAAAAGCCUGAAGCAAGUGGAGUAUCUGCUGUCAAACAAAAUCCGAUAGCCACUCAAAAGAAAACUGCGAAAGAAAACACGGCUCCAGUAGAGAAACGUCUCACAAGAGCUAUGACGGCAGCAAAAGGAACUGGCCAGCAGAAAAAAUCGCCAACGAAGAAAACGGUGGCGAUAAAAGUGAACGAGCCCUCUACGUCGAAGGCGAACGCUUCAUCAAGAAAGCCGAGAGAACGGCCAGAAUCCAAUACAUCGAAAUUGAGAAGAUCAUCUAGAAAAACGAGAGUAGCAUUUGAAGAGGAUCAUGACACCAAUGAAAUGAAGACACCUGAAAAAAGAAGAAUAAAACAAAAGAUUGUUCCAACUCCUGCAGUGUUAAGGGAUAGUAACAAGGAGCCCUCUACGUCGAAACUGAGAAUAUCAUCUAGAAAAACGAGAGUGGCUAUUUUUGUUGAUGAUCAUGACAAUGAAGAAAUUAAAACACCUCAAGUCAGUAGAAGCAUGAAAAAUCGUGUGCGCACUCCUGCUGUGAAGUCAAAUGAAGAUGAAGAAGCACUUGAAGCUAUGGAAACAGAUUCUAAUGAGUGCGCAGUGAACUCGACUAAAGGAGCGCAAGAGUUUUAUGGUAAUCUUGAGAGAGAGAGCGAUUUGUUGCUGAAGUGCUGUGACAGAUGGUCCAAGCCGGCCUUCACAGAGCUUGUGCCUCAAGAGGUGUCGGACGAAAUAGACUCAACGGUGGGCCAGGCGCGCCUACUGGUCAGCGACAAAUUCCAGCAAUUCAAACAUCUGAUUCAGCGCUUUGAAGAAGGCUCCCAACCGCCAGUCACUGCUCAAGAUCUCCAUGGCUUCUGGGACAUGAUUUACAUUCAGGUUGACAAAAUGAAAGAAAGAUUCGAUCAACUGACUGAAUUGAAAAAUUGUAAUUGGCAAAAGAAAACCGAGCAAGUUGUUGCUAAGAAAAGGGUAGCUUCCAAGCCAAAAGCAGUCAAGCCAGUUGUAAAAUCUAGAUUUCAGGAGUUUAUGGCUAAGAAGAAAAUGAAAAACACCAAAAAAAGCUGUGAUUCACAGAAUGUGACUCCCAAUAAAGAAUCCCAGUCAAACACAGAUACGCCAACCGGAACUCCACUGCUGGACAGGGUGAAGCAUCUUGCUGUUGACAAAAAAAGUGAACGAAGGCGCUCUUCAUUGGCUUCCGCUUCCCGAGUACUGCGCACUUCCCUCAUUGCAAAGACUCUAGCCACCCCCACCCCUUUCACUGGUAACACUACUGGCGGAGAUAUCGAUCAACAAUAACUCAACAAAGGCUGAAACAUUCAUAAUUAACAUACCUUUUCAAGCAACAACUCCAAUGCCUGUUUUUCACACGUAGGGCCAGACUAUAUUAAGCGUUUUUAGAGUCGGCAGAACAGGAAGCUUUCCGAUUGGCUGAUUGGGAUGGCGCCUGAAAAAACGCUCAAUAUCGUCUGGCCUAUAUUGAUUGUCGGUGGACACUCACAAUUGUUUUCUAUUGGAUAAUUCUCAUUAACACCUGACCAAUCGGAGGACAAUAUUCUGGGUAUGAAUUAAGUGUGGAAAUGGCUAAUAUCGUUCAAUGGCUUUGUAGUAUUCAAGUAUUGUCCUCAUCACUUAUUUAGAAUGAUGAAGUUUCAUCAAAGAAUAAAUAAAUUUGUGCAGUGGCUCAUACCACUAGGAGUGUUACAACGUAUGUAUUUGGAUGGGACUACAAAUUAAACUAGGAAAUAUCUUGAAAACUCAACUAUUCAAGAGAUUAUCAGAAUAAAAUACGCUAAAGUAUUUGCUGGUAUAUUUACACCGAUCAUGUCAAUUCUAGUAUGUGCAGUUUAACAAUAUUAUCAACAAAUUAAUGGAUUUUGUAAAAUAAUAUAACAUUUUUGACAUUAUAGUUUUAUACAUAGACUUCAAAUUUUUUCACUUAUUAUCCUAGUGAUUUUAUAACUAAUGCUGAAACAUUUUUUAACCUGAAGACCAAACUAAUAAGACUACAUUGUAAAAUGUAAUUAAUCAGUUAAAUUUAGUAAUUGUGUAAAUUUUUUUGCCAUUAUAAUCGAAAGAACUAAAAUUAUAAUUUUAAAGAUCAUAAAAAAUAAUAGCUUUCUAUGUCUUUAUCAUUAUUUAAUUUUUUUAUCCAGCUGCAUUUGUACUUAAAUUAUUGUUUCAUUUUCUGUGAUUAUUGUGUCAUGUAAUUAUGUGAAAAUUAUGUUUAUGUACAAAUCGAUGUAAUAAUAGGUCUAACUACCUUUAUAUGAAACGCAUAUUAUUUUACUUCAUUGUAUCUUUUUAAGAUUCUGUUUUAUAUCAUGAUAAUUUCUUUUCAAUUGAUAAUCGUAAUGAAUUUUCCUACCUCUCUGUUGUUCAAGUAUGUUACCUUUCAACUUUUGAACUACUGUUGGUUUUAAACUUUGUAGAACGACGUUCUAUUUUUGUAUAUUAUUGAUGUUUGUUACUACGAGGCUUCUGAAUACUAAUAAAAUUUGUUAAAUCCAUAAAAUAA